AGAAAUUGUGUCGAAUUUGCGGAUUUGAGUCGGAGGGUUUGGGGAGCUCGAGUGCCGGGUUUCAACGGCUCGGUGUUCCCUUCCCGCUCGCGGUUGCGCUAUGAGCGCCGAGGAAGAGGCUAUCUGGGGUUAUCGGUCCGUCGGGAAACGGAGGCGGCUUGCAAAUACCACAGAAGUUGGUAGUAGCCCUCCCCGUGCUCAUGCGGGCGGGGGCAAGUCUGCCCGGCGGGGGAGCCGGGUUAAAGGAGCCACAUCACAGCGGCACUCUCCGAGGGUGUCCAUUGACCACUCGCCGAGAGGCGCGAGGGCAACCUCUGAUCAGGAGAUGUCCUCGCCUGCAUCAAAUGCCAGCAAGUCAUCCCCACAACAAGCCGCACACAGACCCCUGUCCCAGGUUGAAUUUCCCAAUGCCUCCGAGGGCAAACAAAUGCCCAAAAAGGCCAGGCCUGUCCAUGACGGCUACUGCCCAAUCUGUCAAAUGCCCUUUUCCUUAUUGCUGAUAGAAACACCCCGGUGGCAUGUUGCAGAGUGUUUGGAUACUCCGGGUUGCACAGAUAUUGAAUGCCCUGAUGGCUUGCUUUGCAACAAUACAAUUCCAAGACACUACAAACGAUAUUCCCAUUUGCUGCUUGCUGAAAGUAGAGCACUGGGCCAGAGUGGUGUUCAGUCUACAUUUUUGCAUAGUUCAAUAGGGGAUGCCCUCACAAUUUCACCAGAUCCUAACAAUAAUCAUCAGUCUUUACAGAACAAUCAAUCUCCUUGGAUUCAAGAACAUCUGACAAACAAAAAUCAAAAUGCCCUCCUGCUGCUAAAAUCUCCUGCCUUCAAAGUCAAGGAGAAAAGCUCAAGUAAAUUCAAAGCAGCAAGAGCAGUAAAAGUAAGCACUUCUUCUUCUGAAAAUGUUUCAAGAGGAGAUGUGUCUGCAGCAUCACCCAGUAGCCUACACAGAAGAUUGCCUCAUUCAGCAUCACAGUUAACAAAGGAGAUAGAACCUGGAAUUAGUACGGAUGGAUUUUUUAAUGUAAACAGUACAAAAGUAAAGCUAAACAGUCUUCUAGAAGAUAAAUCUACUUCUGUUCUUGGUUCAAAUGCCAGUAAUAAUAACAAGGAUGAUAUUAGUUACUCUCCACUUCGUUGUAAUGAAAUUCCAGAUCAAAAAAGAUUAUCCUCAACAAGGAGAAGAUUGUUUCAUGGUCAAACUAUUAAACAUAAUUGUAAACUUGAAGACAGCAAUUGUUCUAGCUCUGUAGAGGUUAAUAACCAUAGGCAAGAAUUGGUUCAUAAAUCCUGUGGUCUUAAGGACACAAUCACAACUGACUUUAAGACUAUUGCUAUUGAUCUAGAUUCCAGUCUAUUAACUGACAGUGCUAACAUUCUAACUAAAAAUAGAAUAGGUAUUGCAACACAAGCACACCAAGCAAAAGCUUGUAGCAGGAUUCCAUUGGAUAAUGAGGAGAUGAAACAGAUGAGGAAUUGGUCACAAACUAAUUUAACAGAGUCAAACUUGAUUAAAUUGGAAUCAGUCCCCUUAAGUUCUGAUAGCUUACAGAAGCCUCUUCAAAUUAAACAAGAACCAACCAGUUUACCAGAAUCUACUCAAGUUAAGCAAGAACCAACCAAAUCAUUCCAGCUUGCUCAAAGUUCUAUUGUGCAGGAGCUUCAUGAUUGCCUAGCAAGAAGAGAAGAGGAAGAUCAUUUUGGUUGUUCUGUGAAGACAUCAUUGCCUCAGUAUUCCUUAAUUUCACCUUCAUUGAAUGUUGUAAAACAGCGUAGUUGCCAUUCUGAAGCUCUUAUUUCUUCAAAAAGCAUUGGACUUCAAAAGAGUAGAACAACAACUUUGGAAAUGGCAUCACUGGGCUUAUUGGAUAGAGGUCCUAUAAAAAUCCCCAAAAGGAGAGAUUUAAAUAAAGAAUUAAAGCAAACUGAUAUUGGAGUUUUUUUUGGAUUUCAACCCAAAAUCAAAGAUGAACAAAAAUGUCCAAAAAACAUACCUCAAGGAAAAGCAAAUGAAUUGGUUUCUGAGCUUUCAUAUAAUGAAAGAAGGCAAAGACAAAGAAAGAGGAAAAUAGAAAACUCUGUAGGUGAUGAAGCUUGCAUAGGCACUGUAGACAAACUUCAAACGGAACUAAGUGAUGCACAACGAGGAAGAACAAAAAGGCAAAGAAAUGGAGUAAGCACACAUAAAAAAGCCAAGCAGUGUCCUUUUUACAAGAAAAUUCCAGGAACUAAUUUCACAGUGGAUGCCUUCCAAUAUGGUGAUAUUGAGGGUUGUACUGCCUACUUCCUGACUCACUUUCAUUCAGAUCAUUAUGGAGGCCUUACCAAGAAUUUCAAAUGUCCUAUUUACUGCAGCACAAUAACAAGCAAUUUGGUGAUAUCUAAGCUUAAAGUGCAGGCACAGUAUGUCACAAGUCUGCCUAUGAAUACUGAGUGUGUUGUGGAUGGAAUUAAGGUAGUCCUUUUGGAUGCAAACCACUGUCCAGGUGCUGUUAUGUUGUUAUUCCAGCUUCCAAAUGGUAAAACAUUGUUACAUACUGGUGAUUUUCGAGCUAAUACUUCCAUGGAGCGCUACACUCAUCUCGUGGGGCAAAAGAUUCACACUCUCUAUCUGGAUACCACAUACUGCAAUCCAGAAUACACCUUUCCUUCACAGCAAGAAACCAUCCAGUUUGUUGCUAAUGUUGCCUUUGAAACUGUAAUGAUGAAUCCCAGGACAUUGAUCGUCUGUGGUACUUAUUCUAUUGGAAAAGAGAGAGUUUUCCUAGCUAUAGCUGAGGUACUUGGAUGUAAAGUUUGUAUUACUCGAAAUAAACUAGAAAUUCUACAGUGUUUGGAUUCUGACCGAAUAAACUCUGCCAUAACUACGGACUGGGAAAGCUCUCAACUUCAUUUACUACCUAUGAUGCAAGUUACCUUUAAGGGUUUACAAGCACACAUGAACAAGUUCCCAGGAAAGUAUGAUCAAAUUGUAGCAUUCAAACCAACUGGAUGGGCAUACUCAGGCCUGGGUGGUACAAUGCAUGACAUCAAACCUCGAGUUCAAGGAAAGUUCACAAUUUAUGGUGUUCCUUACAGUGAACAUAGUAGCUACCUUGAGAUGAAGAGAUUUGUACAGUGGUUGAAACCAGAUAAAAUAAUUCCUACGGUUAACAAUGGAAGCUGGCAGGAAAGGAAUAUGAUGGACAAAAUAUUUAAUGAAUGGAUGACUAACGCUGAGCAGAGGGAAGUUACACAUCCAUAAUCAACUAAUUUUGUGUAAAUGUGUAGAGAAUGUUCACACAUGUAACCCAUUUGGGUCAUUUUAAAGUGUCUUUCUGAAAUUAGGUUUAAAAUGAAUGUAUGAAAUUUGUUUAAAAUGAAAGUAUUAUUAAGUAAUUGACAUAUUCUGUAGGCAUAUAAUUAAAACUGUACAGAUCGUAUGUGGAUAGAAUGUUACCAAGUGACAAACCCAUGUGGCCUUAAAUGUUCUGCAAUAUUUGAUCAUCAUGCAGGAAGAGUUUAACACUAUUUUGAGAAAAGUAGUUAUACUAUACAACAUAAAUGAUUUAUGUAAUAUAUCAAAAUGAAUUAUUGGCCAAAGUAACAUAGAUGAUGGUAUAGUGCAGGGUUUUGAGUUAUUUCUAAUAAAUGAGAAAUAAAGGUGAGAAAUGUCUGAACCUCCACAGUGCUGUAUUAUAAUUCUGCAGAAAUGGAAUC